AUGCAGUUAAUAGCAAACAUAACUUUACUACUUGCUAUUGCAUUCAAUAAUGGAGAAUACUUAGAGUCUCAUUUCGAAUUUGUUGGUCAUAUUCCCACUCCAGUCCAUGCUGAUUCUGCGAGUAAGGAGAUGACAGUGAGCCAUUGCUUUUCCUCGUGUAUACAGAACAGCAACUGUUAUUACUUCGACUUCUGUGUUAAUAGCAUUACUGAGAAUUGCUACCAGUACAACAAAAACAAAUCAAGUACCAGUGAGGCAGUUGGCGGGCCAUGUGGACGCUACAAAUUAGUCUUUCAACAACGAAGGGACGGAAGUGUCGAUUUUUACAGAAUCUGGACAGAGUAUUCCGACGGAUUUGGGGCUCUGGAUACAGAGUUUUAUUUAGGUAAUCUGGCUCUACAUGAAAUAAUUAAGGACAAAAAUUUUGAGCUCAGAGUUGAAUUGACGGACCAAGCAGGAGAAUAUCGGUAUGCCAAAUACUCCCAGUUCUCAGUAGGCAGCCCCGAUUCUCUGUAUACUUUAACCGUCACAGGAUAUACUGGAAAUGCGACCAACAGUUUAAGUGGUCAUAAUGGAUUUAACUUUUCUACGUAUGACAUGGAUCCUGAAAAUUAUGCAGAUGUUGGCUGUGCUACGAUGUGGCAUAGUGGAUGGUGGCAUGCACAUUGUGGGAUCAGCAAUCUGAACGGACUGUAUGGAAGUGUUGGAAUCAAGGGAUUAACCUGGUACCACUGGAAAGGAUCAUUUUUUCAUGUAAUGAAAUCAACGCGAAUGAUGAUGAGAUUAAAAGAACAAUAA